UCUCAUUCAGACAAUAGUUCACGGAUCUAUUGUUAUAAAUCGUUUGGUUAUUGCGCUCAACAUUCAAGGCAUCGGCCUCACUCUGAUACACCACCCGGCACGAAUCAUCUCUGUGAACGACUUCAUCGCAUUCUCUCCUUCACUCAAAACUUCAGCUUCAAAUCAGGAUCAAUCUUGCGAAUAAUUAGAAACAACACACCUCUUCCCGUCUUUUCUCCAAAGACCUCAGAAGCAAUGCAUUCCUCCAUCUUCGCACUGGGCCUUACGGCCUUCUUCAAUGGUGCUUUUGCACAGAACAACUCCUACUCUCGGUACUCCCUCAAGACCACAUACGACUCUUCCAACUUUUUCGAGGCCUUUGAAUUCUUCAACGAGGAGGAUCCUACACACGGCUUUGUUGACUACGUCGAUGCCGACGCCGCUAACUCUGAGGGUUUGGCUGGCUAUGUCGAUGGUGCUGUCUACAUGGGUGUAGACUACCAGACAAAGAACCCCUCCAACGGCCGAAGGUCUGUCCGUGUCACCUCUCACGACGCUUUUACUCACGGUCUCUUCGUCGCCGAUAUUGCCCAUAUGCCUGGCAGCAUCCCUGGUGUCUGGCCCGCAUACUGGAUGUUCGGUCCCAACUGGCCAACCUCUGGCGAGAUUGAUAUCCUUGAGGGUGUCAACACUCAGACUGAGAACAAGAUCAGUCUCCACACUGGACCUGGCUGCAGCAUCACCAAUGACGGCACCACUCAGGGUACAACCCUCGAGUCCGAGAAUUGCGAUUCUGCUGGUGCCUCUGCCGGCUGUGGCCAGAACACAUCAGACAACCAGAACUACGGCGAUGGCUUCAAUGACAUCGGCGGCGGGGUCUACGCCACUGAGUGGACAUCCGACCAUAUUGCCGUAUGGUUCUUUCACCGCGGUCGCAUCCCGCAAGAUAUCCAGUCCGGUAACCCCACCCCUUCAUCCUGGGGUCCUCCCGCUGCCAAAUUCAACGGCGGUAAAGGCUGCAACAUCGACGAUCACUUCAAGGAGAACAACAUCGUCUUUGAUACUACUUUCUGUGGUGAUUGGGCUGGCUCUCCUGAUGUCUGGGGCAAGAACCCAGAGACUUCGUCUUUGGGAGACUGCAAGGACUAUGUUGCCAACAACCCUGCCGACUUCAAGAACGCUUACUGGCUCGUAAACAGUAUCAAGGUUUACGUCCAGGGAGGCUCAUAUGGUGGUGGCAACGGAACCACCGGUGGCGGCAACUCUGGCAGCGGUAACAGCGGUAGUGGAAACAGCGGUAGUGGAAACAGUGGUAACGGCAACUCUGGCAAUGGCAACUCAGGAAACGGAAAUUCUGGCAACGGUAACUCCGGUAACGGCAACUCUGGUAAUGGCAACUCUGGUAAUGGAAACUCGGGUAAUGGAAACUCGGGCAACGGAAACAGUGGCAAUGGCAACAGUGGUAACGGCCAGAGCGGAAACGGUGAUGGCCAGACCAACCCACCCAGCAGUACUCAGCCAGGACAAGGCACUCAGAACGGUCAGCAAGGUCAGAACGGUGAUGGAUACUCUCCUGACAGUCAACAAGGCCAAGACCAAGGCAACGGCUAUACCCCUGAGCAACAGCAAGGCCAAGGCGGUGGCUACAGCACUGGCCAAAGUUACGAUAAUGGCCAAUACCAUGGCCCCGGAGCCUACAAGACCACCAAGUCCCAAUCAAGCGGCACCACAAGCUGGGACGGAAACGGUUGGCGAGUCGGGUCCAAGCGAUCCGUCAUCUCGAAGCGAUAUCUUGCAUGAGCAGGUCGAGCUUCUCUUCUUUACAAACAUAUGAGAUACCCCCAGACACAAGAAGGAAAGAAAUAGGUCGGCGGUGGCGGCUGUUUUUACAU